UUUUUUUUUUUUUUUUUUUUUUUUUAGAUUAUUCAGUGUAAAGCUUAUGCUCUUUUUCUUUUUAAAAUCAAACGUUCAUUACAACGUGAAAAGAUGACCAGUUACUUAGAUUUUGUUAAAACUACGUAGUUCAAUAAAACGUAAUUACAAAAUUGCAUGAUUGAAUGAAAUUGAAUCUGCCAAUAUAAAACAUUAAAUGUCGACACAAACCCGUUAGCUGCUACUGAAAAUAAUGUUCGUUUUAUCGUUGUUGUGCGACUUCAGUCGCCAUCUUAAUCACAUGAUUUCAUUUCUAAUGAAGUUGAUAUUCCUAUCAUGGUGGCACGAGAAUCGACCGUAACCCCGCCCAUUCUGUCGUUAUAUAUUUCAUUGGGCACCUUCCAUUUUUGUGAUACGUUUUAGGCAAUAUUAAAAUUCAAGAAUUGCGAAGAAAAGGUAAAAGAUAAAAUACACGCCAGUCAAACUUUCCGACAAUUUGAAGAAAAAUACUAAUCGUACCCGCACCAUCAAUCCGAAUUAGUUUUGAAUCAUCGUUAUGCAUGAGAAGGGCUUCGUGGUCUGGACGUGCUAAUCAUCGUGUAUAUUUGAUGCCCAGUUACACCCCAUUUUCCUGCCUCAUUGAUUAGCUAUCAUACCUAUAUUGGACAGGAAGAAGACAGUAGGCUAUUUGAGGACUUUAACGUUAAGGACGACGAUGAUUCACCCCUGUUUGUGAAUUAUUGCCUCCGCGAGUAAAACUCUCUAAAUUGUUUACUUUGUGAACUUUUGAGGCUCAGAUAAACUGGAAUUUAAAUUAGCUAUGGAAGAAAUAAGGCUAAAAAAUUGAUAGUAAGAAAACUGAAAUUAUGUCAUCGCCUAGUUCUCCAGACAAACCCAAAGACUCCGACAACAUUGUUGUUGAUAAAUAUGAUUCAGAGGAAGAACCAGAGGAAAAAUUAGACGAAGAAAACAGUGACGGAGCUGAAGAAGAAACAAACCGCUUCCAGCCAACAUUUCCCAUUGUGCAAAGAUCUAUCCCCACCACCCCAAAACGUUCAUUCCUGAUUACAGACAUUCUCUCAGAAGACAAGUCGUCCGUAGAACCGUGUUCAGCCUUUAGACCACUGCGGAUACCCCCCUCGUUAAUGAGUACUGACAGAUUCAGUAGUAUCAGUGCUGCUCAACAUUGUUUGAACUUUUCCUCUUUAAAAAGUCAUUCAGAAAACGAGAAGGCGGGUGAACAUAAAACAUAUGAUGAUGAUGACGACGACGAUAUUGACGAAGAAGAUGAUGAAGAUGACGAUGAUAAAAGUAGCGAAACAAACCGGGGGUCCAGUGGAUCAUCUGAUGACCCCUCAGGAGGGAGCCUGAAACUAAAGAAACCCAGAAAAGCCAGGACUGCGUUUACGGACCAUCAGCUGAACAGUCUGGAGAAAAGCUUCGAACGGCAGAAGUACCUCAGUGUUCAGGAUAGAAUGGAACUGGCCUCGAAACUGAAUCUGACCGACACUCAGGUCAAAACCUGGUAUCAAAAUAGAAGAACGAAAUGGAAACGUCAAACUGCUGUAGGUCUAGAACUGUUGGCGGAGGCUGGAAAUUAUGCGGCCGUUCAUCGCCUUAUACAGACAAACCCAUACUGGUUUACUUAUCAUCCACAGGCUACCUCUAUCAUAUCUAACAUAGACGCCAUGUACUACCGCCAUAAUGAAACGUCACUUCCCCAAAGACCAACACUCCCGCGCAUGCUCAUACAUGGUAUUCAGCAACAUAUUAAUCACAUGUCACCCACUAAUUCAUUGUUUUCAGAGAACAGAAAUUGAGUGAUGAUUAAGUGAUUUUCUUACCCUGGAUUCAGUAUGGCUGACAGAUAUUCGCCCCGAGCUACACGUUAAGUACGAACUCCGGAGUUGCUGACAUUACCUGUGCUUUGUGCUGAAACUACAUAUAGUUUUGUAGGCUAUAUUUUUAGCUUAUGUGUUUCAACUGAUAUGUUCGUAUCACCUUUACAUAGUGAUUGUAAUUUAAUCAAUAUGUUUUACUUUUCAUGCGAAAAUAAAUAUUUAUAUGGCUUUGAAAAA